AGGGCUCUAGGACUCGGCCUUCCACAGUGCAGGGAAUGGACCCAGCUGAUCCAAAGGAGGGUAACUUGCCGGACAUACUCCAGGCCGGCAGCCUGCACGAGUUCCUGCAGGAGCUACACGACAAGUACGGCCCUAUCGCGUCGUUCUGGCGAGGCACGCAGUACACGAUCAGCAUUGCCUCACCGGAUCUCUUCAAGGAGCAGCAGCACGUGUUCGACAGACCAGCCAAUCUGUACGCAAGUCUGGAGACACUGCUCACAGAGAAGUCGAUACAGUUUGCCAACGGACCGUCAGCACGUCACAGGCGCACCAUGUUGGACAAGUAUUUCACUGCUGAUUCUGUAGCUACGUACUAUGGCACAUUACACAAGCUGAGCAAAGAGCUGAGUGAGAAGUGGGCGAGUCUUCCUGCCAACCAGCACAUACCGCUGGAACAACACAUGAUGGCUCUGGCAGUGAAGAUGUUCCUGAAGGUCGCAUAUGGGUUCUAUUUCAACGACGAUCGCCAGGUUCUGGCCUUCAAGAAAAACUAUGAUCUUGCGUGGCAUGAGCUGGAGUCUUGGGUCAGUGGCACAACUCCAGAACCCGGCAGUGAGCGAGAGAAAGUGUUUCUCGAUGCACGUGACAGCAUGUUUGCGCUGAUAGAGGCAGCCAUGAAGCAUCGCGAGGAUCACGCUCCGACGAGCGGCGGCGGCGACCGCCUUUUCCUCGAUGUCCUCCGCGACCCGGACAAUGAGAUGGACGCCGACGUGCGGACGGCAGACGCGUUGACCUACGCCGUGGGCGGGAUGCACACGACGGGCAUCGCGCUGACGUGGGCGAUUUACUUCCUUGCGUCACACGAGGACAUUCAAGAAAAACUCUGCAAGGAACUAAAAGACCAGCUAGGGGACAGUGUGAUGAGCCCGCAGGAAUUUAGUGAUAGCAGUUACCUGCGUCAAGUAAUUGAUGAGACCUUGCGCUGCGCGAUUAUUGGACCUCAUGCCGCCAGGGUGCAGGAUUUCGACAGCAAGCUCGGUGGACACAUUGUUCCCAAGAAUACACCCGUAAUACAAGCUCUGGGUGUAGUGAUGCAUGAUGAGAAGAUAUGGCCUGAACCCAACAAAUUUGACCCUGAACGAUUUAGUUCCGAAAACAGCAAAGGUAGGAGUUCUUAUGCCUUCCAACCAUACGGAUUUGCAGGGAAGAGGAUAUGUCCAGGCUACAGGCUGGCUAAUGCUGAGAUCGGUGUGGCGCUGUCUGAACUCUGUCGUCGCUUCAAGUUCCAUCUGGUCGCCGGUCAAGUGGUGCAGCCCGUUCACGGCCUCGUGACACGACCCAAGGACGAGGUCUGGAUCACCAUCAGCAAGCGCUAGUGGCGCCAUCGAGUGACCGCAAAGUGAAUCGAUACCAGCCGGGUUGAGGUACUGUCGUGCGUAGGCUGCCAGUGCAACGCUGUACAUUGUAAUCCAGCGACAAUGCUGGGUGGGUUGUCGUGUCUCUCACCCGUGGAAUGAAAUUCGUUCCCUCGACGAUUGUAUAUACCUGAGGGCUAACCCGGUUGGCCAGGACUGCUCCUGAGAGAGACCCCCCCUAAAGGGGGGGUCUCCCAAGAUAGGUACCUUAACCAUGGAUUGUGCCCCACCCCUGAAUGGAACCCAUAUCAUGGGCAGGACCCCACCCCUGAUUGGGACCCAUAUAAUGGGCAGGACCCCACCUCUAAUUGGGACCCAAAUCAUGGGCAGGACCCCACCUCUUAGUAGGGGUCUACUCCCAAAUGAACAGUGUGGACUCCUACUUUGCCGGUGAAACGCCCGCUAUGUGAAAAUAUAUCCCACCUCCCGGAUAGGCUUUAAAUGUCUAAAAAAUUCCCAGUAAUUUCCUCACCCGGAUUAUGCUGUUGCACUGUUGUUUGCAACAAAAUUUGGCAGAAAUAUACCUUUUUGUGCCGUAAAGAUUUCAACGAGCGGGUGUCUCCCUGCCCUGUAGUUUUUUUUACGCAAUUUUCACAAUUGAUCACGGGAAACACAUCUGAUCUCGCAGGAAAAACACCUACAACGUGUGAAUCAGGAUGCUAAUAUAACGCGUUUUUUGUCAACUCGUAUAAUUUUUAUUUGCGUGUAUAUUUUUUUGGAUGAGUGGUACAGGAAGUUUAUCUACUGUAGGGAGACUCUGUACUUGUGCAUGUGGGAACUGGCGCAGGCGUGGCUGCGGAAUAUUAUCACAGUCCCGAUGGGUGUGUCGCGCACUACACCGAGAGACUUAUCUGAUGGGCGUGUACGCAGGAAUUGGCAGCAAGUUAGUAAGAGUUGCUUGCUCUCUGCUGUCCGGCUCCCCAGAGUUC